AGAAGAAGAAGAAGAAGGAGAAGGAGGAGAAGAAGAAGAAGAAGGAUCUAAAGUAAAAGAUCGUAAGGACGUCGGAUCAUCUCGUCGAUGCUUUCGAAAGAAUCCGAACCUCUCGACGACGAACCUGCUGCUGCUGCAGGAGGAAACUUAAAGAUCGCUCGAUCGUGUACUUAUUAUUCUUCGAAGGAUUCUUCACGUCCCUACAGAAAACUAGAUAUCGAAGAGAUUUAAAAUUGCAGCCGAAUAGAGGGAGAUACCAGAGGAACGCUUUAUUUGCUGUUGAAGCCGCUAACGACACGAACGACUCCAAAGACUUAAGCAACGUAUUGGCAGGGCCGUGCGGUGCCGGCUUGCCAAAGAUGCAAGAGCUUCGAUCCAAUUACCCUGAAGGAGCCUACUCGAAACUAUAGACGCGCGUCCUUGGGUUCUUCGCAAUCGCCAUCAACAGCACACAGCCAAGCUUUCGAACAAGAUGUCAAUGACAGGGAGCUUGAUGGGUUAUGAGAACAAUAACGAAGUGAAUCAAGCGAAAUGCAAGAAACCGUUGAAGCCACUUCCGGUCAUGUCAAGUAUAAAUUCAAGCGGUGUAACGACGACAAGCACCGGGAAGUCGUCGAAGAAGGUUCGGAAUUCGCGUAAGAAGGAAUCUUCAGUGCGAGGUCACGUGAAUAGUCUUUGGUCGGUAUGGUACGGCAUCUUGGCGGUUGCAUUUCAGACUUACAUCGCGAUGAGAUACGCCAGAAGAUUUGCCACGUAUCUCUCGUUACCAUGGCCGGCGGAUGCACCACCACCGAAAAUCGAGUUGCACGCGUGCCUGGUUCUAGCUGGGGCUGGAGUGGUUUUACUUCCUGUUUUACUCGGUACUGCCUUCCUCAAGCUCGGAAAUCUCGCCAACGACGGAAUUAAACUUGGCCGUCAUUUGAGCGCGUGCUCUCGCGAUCCUCCUUCCUCGUUACUUACCAACAAUCCAGAUAAUAGCUUGGCGAAUAAUUUAUGGAGACAUGGUGGACCAACGUCGGCGUUCGUACAUCUCUGCACGGCCAUGUGUUUCCUUCUACCGUCUCUGCUCAUGGAGGCGAGGAUGAUACACGCUGGAUUUUUGCCAAAAGAAGCGAUAUGGAGAACGGAUUUGGAUUGGAUGGUCAUUCACCGAGAUCGUCUGGUGGUGCUUAGUUUCAUGAAUCCAGGUGGUAACCUGAGCACCUUAACCGGUUUCAUAACCCCACAACCUUUUGUAACCGCUGCUCCAGAAGAGGAAGUCGAGGAGGACCUUAAUGGAGUCGUACCAACGACAACAGGCUUGUCUCGUGUCAACGAAACAAUCGAAAUUCGAACGGAAGAAACUUCUACAAAAUUUUCCACUAUAAAUCGACCAGUACUGACUAAUCCAAAUGUCCAUCGAACCACCAUAAAUUCUACGACAACUAUUUUGACCAGUAAUAACACCACAACAAGUAAAACAACUUCUAAAAUAUCAGAAGCAACCAGCAGUACAAGUUCCACGACAACACCGACCACGAGUUCGACUAAUUCUGCAACAAAAUAUCCAACGACUCUUAAGAGACCAACUAUCAGACCAAUUUUGAAAAACAAUAAUCCAAAGAACAGGUCUAAGGUUAAGAAUUUAACAAAAACAUCGACAACAGCAAGACUAUCCAAAACUACUCAGACUACGUCUGGUGGAAACAUGACUGCUCAAAGCAUGUCAUUGGUUAUGAACAGCCUAGCUGAUCUGGAUCAUCCUGAAAAUUUGAAUCUGGAGCUUCAACCGACUGAAUCCUAUGGGCCAAUAACAUUGGAAUACCUUAAUUACGCUGUUGCUCUUGGCGUUUACUCCGUACGAUAUCCUGCAGUGUUCUGGUCUUGCAACAAAGCUCUCGGUACGAUUUUCAGCGUUCAACUGGUCAUCAAUUCCGCUCAGAGCUUAUUGGCUUACGCCGGCAUGUCCGUUUUGUACAAGGUUCAAGUUGUCGGACCUCUUAAGGUUCUACCUCUUCUUCGACAUCGAACUGUAACCACAGCAAGUACGAUUUCAACGAUUUUCGGUGAUUCAUAUUUCCUUCUUAAUCCUCACGUUACGUUAGCCCUGUUUGCUCUUUCGUCUCUCCUCGUGCUUUGUUCGAGUAUGGUCAUGUAUUUCUACGCACACGGCAGGUUCGCGGCGUUCCUGAAUCAGGAACGCGAACGUCGCGUGAUCUUGCCGAAGGAUGGCCGAGAGAGCAGCGGCUGGGUCUACUUCACUCAUUGUACCGCCCUCUGCGUGUUCCUCGCGAUUGCAAUCUGUAGUGCACCAUUGCUCUACGACUAUACGGUGGUCUAUCGAGGCAGUCUAGACGGUGCGAUCCUCGCCUGUAUCGUUGGUACCGUGCUACACUUGUUACUCUGGCUUAUUCUAUGGGUCUUCCUGACUAUAAAACAACGUUGGACUUUCAAGUUACGUGUCACGAUCGGUCGUGCUACCGUUCGUUCAGCCAGAUCGGUCAAACUGGUGACCGAUGUCGAUUUAUUGUCUGCUAGAGAGGAAGAAGAUAGUACAAGCGCUCCGCUACUCGUUGUUGGUAACGGUAGGACAUAUACGAUCGCAGAUACGUCCCCAAAGAAAGCUAUCAUGAGUGUUAUUCAAAAGGCAGCUAUGGAAAGGAAAGCACGUUCACAAGGUGGAAACGUUGAUUACGCUGAUGGAGAAUCGACAGCCGAUGGCGACGAACAAAUCUAUUGGCUCAGGCCAAAAUUACGGCCGUCACCUGCUCAAUCCCCUAGCGACACCACUGGCACUCAAGCUAACGACAAGGGCUGGCUCAACAAGAAGCUCAAGCCCAAGGUCACCUUUAACGACCUGCCUAGUACGUCAGGCUCGCGUAAUAAGGGAAAAGCCAGACGAGGUGUCGCUGACGGGGGGCCCGACGAUGACGGGGAUUACGCCACGUUACGCGAACUACCGCUGAUAACCUCUUUGGAUCCAGCGGACGACUCAAAUUCCGAAGAAAACAAGUGGGAGAGAUGGUUGAUGCCACGUAGGAACGGUAUACCUAAAUUCGGAGACCUGCUCGAGUGCGUGAACGAUGACCAAGUGACGUACUACGCGAGCGCUAAUCGCGAUCUGCAACCCUCGGAGGGUGAUCCCUCACCCCUCUUAACUCCAGAUCCUCUUCCCGAUCCUGCUUCAGAACCACUUCCGUUGCCACCUCCGACUCCAACUACUGCACCGACCACCGAAGUUGCCACGGCGCUACUAACCACUAACUCCCAGAUGAACGGUGGUCAAACACCACGUUGUUUACGCCGAGCAGAUUCCGGUAUGCCACACGACGAGUUGACACCACGUUCCGAUUCUUCCAAUUCUCCGCCAUUGGAUACAGGUGGUACCGGUUCGGUAAUAGGCCACAGUAACACCAGCAGCAACAGCGAAACAUCGUCAAGUGGCGUACACAGUAAUGCAAGUAAUGCCAGCAAUGCCAGUCAAAGUAGCUCGUCUCAACGACGAGCAACAAGCGUGGACGAUUUAACUGGCGAAACACGCGAAGAACCACGAGAACAAUGGCGUAGCUGUUCGCUUCAGCGUGGAACACAACCACCGACAGCAAAUACAACUUUUUCUCCACCGAACAGUCGACCAGGCACCAGCCAAUCGUUUUCUUCUCCACAAUACGCGAAUCACAUACCUCUGUUCAACAAUACUGGCAACAACGAAUUAACCGGUGGCUGUCCAGCCGUCAUUCUCGAAAAUCCAAACGAAGCAACGGUUGUAAUCCGUCGUAAAUUGUCGAGAACGAAACUGACGGAGCCACUGAAUCCAAACGAAGAACCGUUUGGUCGGUCUACCAAUAUGAGGAUGACCUCAUUUACAGAGAGCAAUGAUAUUCGUAUUCAGGCUUCCUCGGCUACCCUACCCCAUUAUCCAACUCAGCCUAUCGUCACGUAUCCACACUGUUCCACCAUGCCCUUGCCUCAUGCGUCGCACAGCAUGGCUGGCACGAACAUGAGCGGGUCCACCGGCAGCUGUGGAUCCGUGCCAAGGCACACAUUUGUACCACCGCAGAUACACGCGACUGUACCAGCUCAUACGACGUUACCGUCGCAUCACAACGGUGUCAGGCUGAUACAUGGUGGUCCUGGUAAUCCUUUUGUCAAGAGGUUCCCACCCGUUCAGCUUCACACUCAGCCCUGGGCUCUGCCAGGUCACCAUACCUUUCCACAAGCACCACAAAAUAAUAACAAGCUGUCGGUUACCGCUCAGAUAAGACAACAGAGCGAUCGAGACUCGGCUAAUUUCUCUAUGGCAAGUAGCGGAGACUCGGAUACUUGUUUACCGCAUUAAAUAUGUGACAGAUCCUCUCGCUAGAAUAUUAUUUCUAGAGGAGCUGUGGUGCAAUCUCGUCGUGUUGCUGCUGAUACAGUGACGACUCUUGUGGAUCUAUAUUUUAAUAUGGUUCCACAAGAAUGGACUCGAAGUUAUCAAACGCUUCGCGUAGAACGCAGUAGUAAUGCAUCAGUAGGACUUCUUGUAGACCCAAGGUCGAAGAGGUACCGGUGCGAAAAAAUAAUAGUCUUCACAUACUUUCGAGAACAACUGGAUGACUUUUCAGGAUGACCACUCUCUGUUCGAUCAACGUUCAUUUAAUCUCGUAAACGUAUUAGCAGAUCUAAUCGUCGUCAUAGAUAGAAACGCUUGCGAGGAUAUCUUUGAAACUCUUGUAUUUUCAGACUCAAUCUUUUAAAUUCACAAUACAGUAACAUAUCAUGUUAACAUCUGCCACUCGCAAAAAUUUUUCUGAAAUUCCUCAAAAUUCUACAGAAUUUUGAUAUCUUACGUGGCGGCGAUCACGAAGUUCUAAUGAUAAUAAUACUAAUACUAAUAAUAAUAAUAAUAAUAAUAAUAAUAAUACUAAUAAUAAUAAUAAUAAUAAUAAUAAUAAUAGUAAUAUUAAGGGAAGGGGAGGGAGCAUGAUAGAGGAAAUAUAACUGUUCUCUCGUGGACAUAUCCCGUGUUUGUGAUCACAAUUAAUAUAAUACUAUUUAAUUGCAAUAAAAAUAUCAAUAUUAAUUACGAUCUCAAGAAUUAUAGAUGGAGGUUGAUCGAACGGUCAUCGUGAUGCUAAAACGAGGUUAUCGUGAAAGGUUUUUCCAUUCGCUCGAGUUCCAUUCGCUAAGAUAUAUUUAUAAUUUAAUGAGAAAUCUCUUGCGUUUUGAUUAUUCUUACGGAAAAGUGUUCGAUGUAUAAAGGAGUUACGUGCCACGUUUAAUGUUGGAGAGAUUAUUAAGAAGGAAUGGGAAAGAGAUGAAGCAUAAUUAUAUGUGUUAUAAUAAUGAUGGAAAAAGAAAGAAAAAAACACGUACACACACACACACACACACACAAUCAAACACAAACAAGAAUUAAUCGUAUUGCUUUGAAUAAGAUUCGCGCGCGUGUAUAGAAUGGAUUAAGGAUAGUAAUAAUUAAAAGGGUGAUCUUUUUGGAAACGUUCAUGCGCGUCAUCCGUGUAAGCAUGUAAAAUCUUUUGUACCGUUAAUUAAAAUCCAUUUUUACCGAUAAUUAAUAAUUGUAAAUUUUGUUAAUGCGUCGAUACUAUGUAUAUUAUACCGGGGGUAACUUGUUUCCUCAUUUCAUUUUUCUUUUCUUUUUUCGUUUUAUUUUGUUUUUUUUCUUUUCGUUCUUUUGCUUUUCGGAUUAUUACAAAUUUUCGGUGAAUGAUCGAAAGGGAGAUUGAUUCGAUGAACUCUUUUUGUUUUGUUUCUCACUCUCACUUUUUUCUUUUUUCUUUUCUCUCUUAUUCUUUUGCGAUGUUUAUUUUUAUUCUCUUUCAAGCAACGUCGUGCGUUGUCACGAAACGUUACUCCCUUUCGUUCGAACGAAUCUUUUAUUCCUAUACGUAUAUACAAACGCGACUAGAUAAUUGUUAAGAUAAAAAUGCUUUUCUAUGAUUGAAUCGUGUUAAUGCUUUAUAUAUAUUGCGUAUGUUUAAGGAUUAAGAAUGAACGAUUUUAAUGGUUUGUCGUGAAAGAGAGAUCAUACGUUGUCGAAUGUACUAACGCAAUUUAUGUAAUUGCUCUCUUUGUGGAUGUAAGGAUUAUUAUCCGCAAAGUUGUAUACGUACUUACGACGAUCCAUGAGCAGAGUUUCUAAAUGAAGGAUCGAACGGGAUAAUGGACAUUAGUAAUAGUUAUCCUAUGUAGAAAAUAACGAUCGUGUGUUGCGCAUAUGCCGAGUCUUGCGUAACACGUUGUUAAUUAUUUUUAAUGAUCAAUUAUGUAUUAAUAGAAUAAUUCAUCAAUUGUGUAUUAAUUGCGUUGCGAUAAUUUACUUAAUAUUACGAGCAACAAUUUUCUCGUGCACUCUCUCUAUCGAAAAAAAAAAAAUAUAAAUAUUAUUGAUAACAAAAAAAAAAAAAGAAAAAAGGAAAAAGCAAAAAGAAAAAAAAAUUGUAAAGUGUGUUACUCAAGAUCGGCGUAUACGAGUUUUAUUAAUUAAUGGCUAGGGGAACGAUAACUGCCACUUAUCGUGAGAAUUAAUCUCCGUUUGUAUUUACUUAUUUUAUCAACUGCCAUGCUAUUUCGUCCUUUUCACAGAUAUAAAAACAAAAAAAAAACAAAAAAAACGAUAUUUAACGUAUGUUAAUUCCCCGAUGGUAACCACUUGCAUUUAAGUCGUUGAAAGAAAGAAAUAGAAAGAAAGAAAAAAGAAAAAAAAAGAUAAAGAAAAGUACUGAUGCUGAGAUACCCACUCGCAUGGAUUAUCGUUCGCUAAUUUGCGUUCUUUCGCGAUUAUAUAAUCGCUUUUACGAGUCACGCGAUUGAAAAGUACAACUGAUUAUGGAGAACUAGAACUAGAUUGUGCCAUAAGAGAAAAUGGCCGAGUAACGUGAAAAUGAGAAACCCGACGAAGCAAUAGGUAUUUUGAAAAAAAAAAGAAGAAACAUCGUACUCCUUGACGUUAUCGUUGUAAAGAUUAAAUAGAUCUCAGAGAGAAAGAGCGAGAGAGAGAGAGAGAGAGAGAGAGAGAGAGAGAGAGAGAGAGAGAGAGAGAAUAAAUAGAAGGACGAUAAGUAUCGAAUUAUGAAAUGAACUGUUUGCUUUAUAGUAAAAAUUGUGUUAAAAUUUAAAAGACAAAAAUUACUUAUUAUUAUUUUUGAUUGAUCAUAAAAUAUUGACAUAUUUGAUAUGAAAUAUAUAGAAAUAAUUAUUAACGUAAUUUGAUUGACCGAUAGAAAAAUGCGCACACAGUCAUCAAUAAUUAUACGGAUCAAGUAGUGAUCCAAUAUGCAUUGGUCAUGCUUGUUUUAUAUUUAAUUAAAAAAGACAAAAGGAUCGUUUGUCUUUUUGUCAUGUUAAAUUAAACACAUUUAUUAUGUUACAUGCAGUUCAUUGAAGAAUACGUUACGAAAAAUCCAAAUGUCCUAUUAUAUGAACAAUGGCACGAUAACCCGGUAAUGCCAGAUUCAACUAUUUUUUCAGAUCGAAGUUUAAUGAAAAGAUAUUAUUCACUUUUUCGAUGAAAACGAAAAUAUUUUUAUGAAGCACAUGCACCGAAUAUUUAUGAUCGACUAUAAGGCAUUAGCGAGGAUAAAACUUAAAUGGAUUAUUUAAAAAAUGUAGAAACUAAUACAAAAAGCAACAGCUAUACUAAAGAUUAAAUUGUGUGCUAUCCUGUCAGAGUUAGAUUCUGUCUAUCUAGAAUUCAGAAACGAUGAAAUUUUUAGAAUAUACAUUACAUUUCGCUUUGCAGUUAGUAAGAGAAUUUUCAUAAAUCAAAGAACUUUUCUUGGACACAUCAAUGCUAUUACUAUUUUACAAUGAUUGGACAGAAAGGAAAGAAAUAAUAAAUCGAUUUGAUACGAAAGAAGGAAAGGGAAAAGAAGAAAAAACGAGAACUGACGGCAUGCAUACAGAAAUAGCUUCUUUGAUACAAAAUCAUUUUCUUUGUAUCGAUUUAGCGCGUAUUCGUUGUUUGUAAAAAUCGAAAGGCGAUACUUUUACGACCAAUGAAUUUAAUUAAUUACGAGUGUCGGUUUAAACGCACAUAUUUUCUACAAAACUUUCAAUGAAACGUCGCUUCGCCAUGUCGAUUGUACAUAUCAUCAUCUGCAAGGACCAUGCAUUUCACUUUUCUCGGGAAUCUUCGGCAAUAUUUAGAAGUAUUGAUCAAGAAGAGGACACAUCGUAUCACCUACGAAAAACUUUUAUCAUCAUUAUCGUCGUUUUCGAACAUGUCAUAGAAAGAGAAAAAGAAAGAGAGAGAGAGAGAGAGAGAGAGAGAGAGAGAGAGAGAGAGAGAAAAAGAGAGAAAGAAAGAGAAAGAGAAAUAGGAAGAAAAAAAAGAGAUAUAAUUAACAUAUUCUUCUAGAUUUCUCACGAGACCGAUUUUGUAACUUUCCUUCUUAUCCGAGUGAUAAAAUUUCAAUCUGUAGGAAAUUGUUAUCAACGAAUUUCUCUGUAUACGGCGAGCAGUUUACCGGUGUGUAUUCGUUGAAGGAUUCUUCUUCGAUUAUGAGAAUUCAUACAAAUUCCUCAAACGAAAGUAAGGAUAGAGAUUUUUCUAUUCUCCAAAGAAUCCGUUUCAACGAGUGCAACGAGACAAACGUGCGGAUGUCCGUUCCUUUCAGUGUUAGAAAAUGAGAUAUAGCAAUUUUGUAAAAGCGACUUUACUUCCCUUGUAUGUUACGAGUCGUGUCGCUGCGACGAACGAAACUAUCUUUCGUUUUCCUUUUUAUUUUUUUCUUUUUUUUAUUCUUGAUAUCAAUAAGACGUUCAAAUAAAAUAGAGAAAAGAAAAAUCUAUCUUUUGAUAACUGCAAUUGCACAUUGAACAAAAAAAGAAGAGAAAAUAAUAAUAACUAUAAUAAUAAUAAUAAUAAUGAUAAUGAUAAUAAUAAUAAUAAUAAUAAUAAUAAUAAUAGAAAGAAAAAAUGAAGAGAUAAUCGCAGCGACGCGAAUCAUUAUUGUAAUCUUCGAAAUCCACAAAAGGAUAGAGAAAGAAGAAAAAAAAGAAGAAUAAAGAGAGCCAACGUGCCAUUAAGAGCGCGA